AGCGGUGCUUUCUGUCGCCGCUCGCACGCUUUGUCGUUUUCGCGCAGCCCAGCAGAAAAGAGCAAGAAACGAGCAAAAGUGUGGUGUGGUUUCAGUUUGUGCGGCCAUUCUUCGAUGCGGUAGUGCAAAUUUUACAACCAUUCGCUUCAUUUAGUCCUUGAGAAAGCAUCGAAAUAAUUUCGUUCACGGAAGUGCUGCUACUGGUGCGCCCAAGCUGAAACUGGACGGUUCUGUACUUUUUUCGCCGUAAAAACGGCGUGUGUUUUGUCCUUGGGGGAAGUGGAUUGUUUUCGCCGCCUGCUGCUGCUGUUAGCCAAUCGCGGUCAAACGUUUAUUGCUGAUUUUGCGGAAUUAGGAUUAUUCGGCUUUCCCGGAACCGUGUAAUUUAGUGACCAGUAUUUCCAGAUUGCUACGCAAUGGCCAGUACCGACGUGAACAUGGAGACGGCAUCGUCGUCAUCUACGGCAGCAACCACCCCGAAUGGUAACACCAGCGGUAGUGAUACCCUGGCCACCAAUGCAGAGGAAAUGACCUCGCGGGACUACUACUUCGACUCGUAUGCACAUUUCGGCAUCCACGAGGAGAUGCUCAAGGACGAAGUGCGAACGUUGACCUACCGGAACUCGAUGUACCACAACAAGCAUCUGUUCAAGGGCAAGGUGGUGCUGGACAUUGGCUGCGGUACGGGAAUCCUGUCGAUGUUUGCCGCUAAAGCAGGUGCGGAAAAGGUGAUUGCCGUCGAGUGCUCGAAUAUCAUCGAUUACGCACAGAAGAUCGUUGAGGCCAACAAUCUGAGCCAUAUUAUCACACUGGUGAAGGGCAAGGUUGAGGAAAUUGAGCUGCCUGAUGGCAUCCAGCAGGUGGAUAUCAUCAUAUCCGAAUGGAUGGGUUACUGCUUGUUCUACGAGUCGAUGUUGGACACAGUUAUAUACGCUCGGGACAAGUGGCUCAAGCCAGACGUCGGUAUGAUGUUCCCGGAUCGGUGUACCCUAUUCGUGUCCGCUAUCGAGGACCGUCAGUACAAGGACGAGAAGAUCAACUGGUGGGAUAAUGUGUACGGAUUCAACAUGAGCUCGAUCCGCAAGGUGGCCAUCAGCGAACCGCUGGUGGAUGUCGUUGACCCGAAACAGAUCGUCACCAGUUCGUACAUGAUCAAGGAAAUCGACCUGUAUACCGUCCGGAAGGAGGAUCUCGACUUUGAGACACCCUUCCACCUGAUUGUGAAGCGAAACGACUUUGUCCAGGCGUUGAUCACCUACUUCAACGUCGAGUUCACCAAAUGUCAUCAACGCUUGGGCUUCAGCACCUCUCCCGAGGCCGCCUACACGCAUUGGAAGCAGACAGUGUUCUACUUCGAUGAAUACCUAACCGUCAAGAAGGGUGAAGAAAUCUACGGCAUGUUCAAGAUGAAGCCAAAUGCCCGCAACAAUCGGGAUUUAGACUUCUCCAUCGAUCUGCACUUCAAGGGAGAGCUUUCGCAGGUGAACGAAAAGAACCACUAUCGGAUGCGUUAAGGCACACGGUGGCAUUUUGGACAGUAAUUCUUUUAAGUCUAAGGAAACCUAUAAGUAGAAACCCAUUUCAACUCGAUAUCAUUUAAUGACCCACCCGUACAGGAUACAAAAUUUACAAAAAAAGAAGCUUAAAAAACUUAUUUAAGAGCGAAAUUUUACUACGCGUUUUAUUUGAGUUGACAAUUCGCUCACGAAAAUCUCAUGAAAUGAUUUUCUCACCAUUCACAUUAACGCCAUUUAACCAAACAAUAUGAAGGUAGAACUAUUAGCAGAUAAGAAGCAGAAAAUAGAUCCAUAGGCAUUCGAAUGAAGUAGAAACCGCGCGAAAAUCCUUGAACAAAGAAUAUACUAAAUCCAUUUUAAGCCUACAAACAUUAUAUAGACUACUUAAUCAGAACAAGAUAAACCAUAGUAAUUACCUAAGCAGAAUCGAACGCCAAUGUUGAUCGAAAGGGAUACUCUCAAAUAAAAAAAAGUCUACCGUGUACAUCGACAAAUUCUUUGGUUCCGGUGUAAGAAAACUCUCGAUACGAAACAACCUAAGAAUUGACCUGUGAAAUGCUAUCCACAAAGUGAGGGCAAACAAGAGGUACCAGUGAAUCCGUACGCUUUGGGUGCGUAUCUAUUAACCUAUGUAAAUCUAAACUUUUGUGAGUCGUCUAGUUAUGCAUGAAUUACAAAGGAUUACGACUCGCGCAAUACCGCAGUGAUUGCGAUCAGCACCUGAUCGCAGCAAUUAUAUUCCGUAAAGUAUCAGAAGAA